AUGGCCGAGAUCCGUCGCAAGCUCGUCAUCGUGGGUGAUGGUGCCUGCGGUAAGACCUGUCUGCUCAUUGUGUUCUCCAAGGGCACUUUCCCUGAGGUCUACGUCCCCACCGUUUUCGAGAACUAUGUCGCCGAUGUCGAGGUUGACAACAAGCACGUUGAGCUGGCUCUUUGGGAUACGGCUGGACAAGAAGACUACGACCGCUUGCGUCCUCUGUCAUACCCAGACUCGCACGUUAUCCUGAUCUGUUUCGCUGUCGACUCACCCGAUUCGCUUGACAACGUUCAGGAGAAGUGGAUCUCCGAGGUUCUUCACUUCUGCCAAGGUCUCCCCAUCAUCCUGGUCGGCUGUAAGAAGGAUCUGCGUCACGACCCCAAGACCAUUGAAGAGUUGAACAAGACCUCCCAGAGCCCCGUCUCGACUGAACAGGGUGAGGAAGUCCGCAAGAAGAUUGGCGCCUACAAGUAUCUGGAGUGCUCCGCUCGUACCAACGAGGGUGUCAAGGAGGUCUUCGAGGCCGCCACCCGCGCGGCUCUGCUGAAGGUUGGCACUACCGGCCGCAAGGGCAGCGGCAAGAAGAGCAAGUGCAUGAUCCUGUAA